AUGGAUGCAUCAAAGGCGCUCGUUCAGAGUUGUUUGCUGUAUGAUUUUAAAGUGGGCCUGUCAGCAGAAUCAAGUUGCCGAAUUUUCCAGGCUUUGGGGGAUGAUGCCAUAAACAGACGAAACACUAGGCAAUGGUUCCAAAAGUUCAGGUCAGGGAAUCUGUCUCUUAGUGAUGCACCAAGCAGCGGUCGGCCACAAGCGCUUCACGAUGAGGCCCUGAGUGUCAUACAGAGUGACAGUAGCCAAACAUGUGGUGAGCUUGCUGCACACUUCCAAGUAUUUAAUGAAACGAUCAGACUCCAUUUGCACCCCAUAGGAAAGGCAUACAAACUGAGCAAGUGGGUACCCCACUCACUAUCCGAUGCCAACAAGCAACAGCAUGUCGCUGCCUGUUUCUCAUUGCUUACUCAGCACCGCAAUGCAUCCAUAUUUGAAUGA